GGUGAGAGGUCACGGCUGCGUCCCCGGAAGCGGCGGGAGGCGGCGGAGGAGGCGGGUGCCCGGGUGUCCGGGGAGCGGCCCCGGCAGCGGCCCCGGCAGCGGCCUCCCCUGCACCCUCCCCUGCACCCGCCCGUGCCCGUCGCCCCGGCAGGGCAGGAGGAUGGUGCAGAGCCCGCCCGCACGGCAGCCCCGCCGCCUCUGAGCUCCGCCGCUGCCUCCGGGCCUGCCCCUGCCCGGCCCGGCGGCUCUUCCCCCGCCUCGGGCGCCGGUGAACAAUCAGAAUAAUGUUCAACAUAAACUUGUUGGAGAACCUGAAGGUUUACAUCAGCAGUCGACCUCCCCUGGUGGUCUUUAUGAUCAGUGUGAGUGCUAUGGCAAUAGCUUUUCUGACACUGGGCUAUUUCUUCAAAAUCAAGGAGAUCAAGUCACCAGAAAUGACAGAGGACUGGAACACCUUCCUCCUGCGGUUCAAUGAUUUGGACUUCUGUAUAUCUGAGAAUGAAACCUUAAAGCAUCUCAUCAAUGACACCACGACUCCAGAAAGCACCGUGACUAGUGGACAGGCAAGAUCUUCCACCCAGUCUCCACAGACUCUGGAGGACUCUGGUCCAAUAAACAUCUCUGUUACCAUCACCUUGACGCUGGACCCGCUCCGACCGUUUGGCGGGUAUUCCCGCAAUGUCACACAUUUAAGUUCCACAAUUUUUGGCCACCAAAUUGGACUCUCAGGCAGAGAAUCCCAUGAGGAGAUAAAUAUUACAUUCACCCUGCCAGCUGCCUGGAACUCGGAUGACUGCGUUCUGCACGGCCACUGCGAGCAGGUCGUGUUCACAACCUGCAUGACAGUGACAGCAGCCAGCAAUGUGUUCCCUGUCACAGUCCAGCCACCCCAUUGUGUCCCUGAAACAUACAGCAAUGCUACACUCUGGUACAAGAUCUUCACCACAGCAAGGGACUCAAACACCAAAUAUGCACAAGAUUAUAACCCUUUCUGGUGUUACAAAGGAGCAAUAGGAAAAGUGUACCAUGCUUUAAACCCCAAGCUAACUGUUAUAGUUCCAGAUGAUGAUCGCUCUCUAAUAAACCUGCAUCUCAUGCACACCAGUUACUUCCUUUUUGUGAUGGUGAUUACCAUGUUCUGCUAUGCAGUUAUUAAAGGCAGACCAAGCAAACUGAGACAAAGCAAUACAGAAUUCUGCUCUGAAAAGGUUGCUUUGUCAGAAGCAUAAUCCAUCCUCUCCUUUUUCUGAGAAUGACUGAGAACCGUAAUCAUUGCCUGCUGAACCCAGAACGGGUCUUAACACUCUGUGAAUACAUUAUCUUGCAAUGUUGGUUUAUUCCAACCAAAGACAUUUCAAGUGCCUGUAAUUGAUUUGUACAUAUUUAUAAAGGUAUAUUCCAGAUAGGUCAGAGGAUGCAGCCGGUCUGUGGCGCGGCCCGAAUCCUUCAUCUUUACCUGUGGAGCUGGCAGAAUGUUUGUGUAGAUAUCUUUAGUGAUAUGGCUGCUUAUAGGCAGAGCAAGAUAUUUUUGUCUAGCUGCAUCUGGGCAGGUUAAGAUGCCUUUGCAAAUGUCUCAAAACAAACCAACAGAACUUUGUUUUUUGCCCAAUGAUAUGUACAGUGUGUUUGAACAGUAUGCACCUUUGAUAUAAUACUGCAUUUCCAAAGCCACCAAUCUACUACAUGAAUUAAAUGUGUGUUUGUGUGGCCUAAUACUUUCUUCCAUUUGCUUCUUGCUUGCAAGAAAAGAUAUCAACGUUUUAGAUUAUUUUUUUUUUAAAGAAAUACAUAUUCACAUUUUAAUAGUGCUGUAUUUAGGACAAACUUGUGCUUUUAUUAAUAGGAAAAAAAUUAAGAAGUGAAGUUCCAUUUAAAAACGUUUCUGAUUAAAAAGAAAUAAGUUUGAUUAUUUUUUUUUUAAUUUAUUUUUUUUAUUAUUUGGCUUGCUGAAUGCCAGAAAAUCAGUCAGCAUGGAGACCAUCUGGGAAGCUUUCCACUUGGCCUUCCAUCCACAGCCCUCAAACCAGGACUGUGAGUCUCUGCUGCAGAGCAGCUUUCUGUCAACUUUUUUUUUUUUUUUCUAGCAAGUGAAACUUAAUAAAAAGAUGUAUUGUAUGAACAGUCUGUUGGGGCUCUGCACAGCCUUGGGCAGGUGCAAAUUAUGAAAGGAGAAGAAAUCCCAUAGUCUGUUACAGAGCUUCACUCUGGGACUCUCCAUCCAUCUCUGAAGGGCAGCUGGAAAUGACUCCUGGAUAAGCUUUGCCCCGUUUCCAUGUAAUGCUCUGCUCAGGGGAGCAUGACAAGGAGAGAACUAGGGCUGCUGUGAUUAAGGUCAAAGAAGCCACACAGUAAAACACACACUGUUCUCUGUGUCCACUCUUAAAUGAGAGGUUGGAUUCUGUGCAUUUCUCCCUCUCCAGUUCUGUCUUCUGUUUCUUUCUGGCUUCUUACUGCAGAGGGUCCUGCAUUGUCAGGAGUCAGGCUUUGCCUGCAGACAUCUCCACCACUUCUUUUAAAAUCUCACUGAUUGCCUUAAUUGACCUUUCAUCUUGUCUUUCAGCUUUCUUGUUGGGUAGCAUACCUGCACAUCUGCAUAGGUACACAUUUGCUAUUUCCCCUCCUCCUUUCACUCUAAACUGCACAAAAGAAGAAACUCAACAUCUCAGAGUCAGUUUUGCUGGCAUAAGAUUCCUCAUUUGUUGCCUAUGGACAGUGUUGAAUGGUACCUGUUGGUCUGUAUGGACAGGACUUCAGUUAAGUUCAUGAGUCUUUGAAGCAAAACAGGCUCCCUUUUCUUCAGAACAUGUUUCCUUUAUAGAAUUUAAGUUACUUAAGGGGUAUUAACUAAAGUGUUUUUCUCCAGGGAGGUUAAGGCAGAGCUUUAGAGAUAGCCUAGUUAGAAGUCUAGGAAUAAAAUGAAGCUUCCAGUUUUCUCCUGAUGCUGCUUUGGGCUCAUAGAGCUUCACUGGAAUGAAUCAGUGAAGUCAAAACAGGUAGAGGCUUCUCAUGGAAACUGCCUGAGCUGUGCCUGCUUCUUCCCAGCCUCUGCACUGACACCCACUGCCAGUUGCCUACGAGGGUGGCUUGAACCUGGGGACCAGAGGCAGGAAUAAGAAGCAGACUGGAUUGGUGUUGCAAAUUCUGGAAACAGCUAGAGAACACCCAACAUAACACAGCUCCUUUAAAAAAGCAAAGCCUUGUCCUUUCUGUUUCAGCCAAUAAAAAACCCAAACUCCAAAGGUUCUAACUGGAAUUUGGUCUGCUGGGGAAAACAGAUUUAUUUUUUUAUAGAUAUAUUUGGUAAUUAGAGGAGCCUUCUCUGCAGUUUAUCACCCACUGUAUUGAAGUACCUAGAAAUACCAGGAUUGCAGCCCACAGACACAAAAGUCAGAAUGUUAGAGUGGUAUAUUUUGGCCUUAGUUGGUCCCUUAGCAGCCCUGUACUGCAGCAGAGAGGCAAGGCUGUCCGGGUUGAAGUGCUGGAAUACUGAGGAAUAUUGGAUUGUUCCAAGGUGUGAUGUGCAACAGUUAAAUGCAGCCAAACAGAAGAGCAAAAACUUAAUAUUAAAGUUCAGAUCAUAUUGAUCUUUCCUUUUUUGUUUUCUUUUUCUUUUUAACUAUGACUUGAAUCAGUUUUGAUUCUAUUUGUACGUGUUUUCUUGUUCUUAGAAAGCUGCCAUUUUCUUUUGCAUUUUUCUUUGGCAUUACAUAGAAAAUCUGAGCCUUGGUUUUCAACCCUCUGCAGGUGAUUGUAGGGCUAAGAUGGCUUUUUUGUUUUGUUCUUACAUUUCACUUAUCUUGUUGCAUGAUGGUUAAUAGCUGAUUUGGAAAUGACAUUUUUCUCCUAGAUUAAUUUUGUGUUUGUAAGAUGUGCAUAUUGCUUUGCAGAAUAAAAAUGAUGAAGUUUA